AUGUCAGUGUACUUUGUGCACUGCAACAUUUGCGGAACGAUGCCAUCAUCUAAAAUUUCUUAUUUUGUUGCUUCUUGUGGUCAUAUUGCUUGUCAGGCAUGUGUAGGAAAGGGUAAGUUGGUUUUUGUGGCGCAAGCAAUGAAAUUUCUGAACUUGCAAGAUCUCAUAACUUAGACCUUUUAAUUCAGGAUUAUUGAAUGUGUGUUACAUCUGUAAGAAGAGCGGUAAGAUCACUCGAUUGACCCCGAAGAUGGACGAUAAAGUAAGAUUUUUUUUGCUUCGUUUUUGCUUUUUUAGGUAACAACCCGGAACUACCUUUAUUUUAGAUCAAAAGAUUCUUUACGGAUCCAACUCAAAUGCUGCAACAAUUAAUCUCCGAUGCAACUUCUGCUUCGGCCAAGAAAAAAGCCCGAGAUUCUCGAUUAAACCACGACAACAAGAGUUUGAUGUGUGAGAUAGAUCGACUGAAGGCUGAAUUAGCUCAGAAAGAGGCCCAAAUUGAGCAGAUGAAAACGAGACCAACCAUGGUCGACAUUUCCAUGGAGUCCAGGAAGGAUAAUUCCUUUUUGGUGGCACCGGAAGGUCCAAUGCAGACUCCUGUCAAGCGAUUGGAGGGUUUCUCGGAGCAAAAUUCGGGUGAUCGAAGCUUGAAGAGAACGCUGACACAAGUUACUCCGGUUACGCCGAGGAAUAAAGGAUUGCCCGAAGACUCGAACGUUUCCAAUCACUCGGUCAAGUCGAAUGUCUCGAGACAAUCGGCGAACAGUUCCGGAUCUUCUGGCAUCGAUCUGCGAUUUGGACCCAGCAAGAAAAAGGUGAGUUGAUUGGAUAAGAGUGUUUAUUUGAAGGAAUUCUCGGUAUUACACUUGCUAUUUGUGGUUAUAUGUUUUUGGCUUUUUUGUCGGAAAAGCUUUGCCAAAAGACGUCGGCCAAUUGCAUGUUACUUCUGUUUGAACUGUCUUUAUCCAAUUUUAUAUGUUUUUAGCCCAAAAUGACGUUAGCCCAGCUCCUCUCCGCUUCAGCAGCCGAUAAACAAAUGAGUGUCACAACAGCAUCCCCGGCAGUCAAGACACCACUAGAUGUACCUCAUAAUCUUUGA